AUGACUGCUCUAGCACAAGUUAAAAAACUGCUGAAAGAUUACCUCGACGAGCUAAAUGAAUCUGAUCUAAGAUCCUUUCAGUGGUACUUGGCCUUGAAUGAGACAAAGGGACACCAAACUAUCAAGACAUCUCAUCUGGAGAAUGCUACCAGAGAGAAAACUGUGGACAAGCUGGUCCAGGUUUAUGGGGAAGAUGAUGCUGUGAAGGUGGCAAUUGACAAUUUCAGUAGCAUUAAGCGCAACGACCUGGCGAAAGAGUUAACUGAAGCAACUUCCAGAAAGGACAAGCCAAAUGAUGAAGAGGCAAGUGGUGAAUAUUCAAUUGAUGAGGAAUCACAAGAUGAAGAGUGGAAUGAUGAAGAGGAAGAGGAUGAAGAGUGGAAUGAAGAAGAAGACGAGGAUGAAGAGUGGAAUGAUGAAGAGACAAGAGAUGAAGAGUGGAAUGAAGAAGAGGACGAGGAUGAAGAGUGGAAAGAUGAAGAGGAAGAAGAUGAAGAAUGGAAUGAUGAAGAGGACGCAGAUAAGGAAUGGAAUGAUGAAGAGUCAAGAGAUGAAGAAUCAAGUGAUGGAGAGCCAGUGGUCAAAAAGAGAAGAAGAGUCCAUUGA